AUGAAUUGUCCGACCAAAGACACCGACAAGACCUGGGCUCGGCCCGGGUACAACCAGAACCCCCGACGAUUCGACUCCAAUCUCAUUUCUAACGUGUUUUUCAGCUCUGGUAACGUGCCCAAACCUGCGACAGGUUGCGAUGACGAAGACGGAGGGAAAGGGAUACCCUUGGACGCGAUUGAGGAACGCAGUGUCAAUGAGAACGGCAGUGGAGGAUCUGAGGGGCCCAAGGACCAAGUGAUUAAUCACGCGUGUCCUUCCGCUCCUCCCCCUCCCCCCCUUGCUCCUACUGUGCUUCAGACCAUCCAGAUGGCGUUUCUGAAAUACGUGCGUUUCCUGGGUCCAGGUCUCAUGGUUUCUGUGGCGUACAUGGAUCCUGGAAACUAUUCCACGGCCGUUGCUGGUGGUGCCAACCAUCAAUUCGCCCUACUCUUUGUCAUCUUGCUGUCUUCUAUCAUUGCUCUUGUGCUCCAGUCUCUGGCCAUCAAGCUGGGAUCCGUCACCGGUAUGGACCUGGCAAGAUGUUGCCGAGAAUACCUACCCAAAUGGAUGUCAAUAACUCUUUACAUUUUUGCAGAGAUUGCCAUUGUUGCUACUGAUAUCGCUGAGGUCAUUGGUACUGCCAUUGCUCUAGAUAUCCUGCUUCACAUUCCCCUGAUCGCAGGGGUCUGUAUGACCAUUGUUGAUGUUCUGAUCGUGUUGUUUGCCUACAGACCUGGUGGAGGAAUGCGAGUGGUCCGGUUCUUUGAGUAUGCUGUUGCUGCUCUCGUUCUGGGUGUCUCCAUCUGCUUUAUUAUCCUUCUCUGUCGAAUCCCCCACCAGUCAGUCCGAAAGAUCUUCCGCGGGUUUGCUCCCAGUCGAGCACUGAUUCAAGGAACGGGUAUUGUUGACUCAGCAGGUAUUUUGGGAGCUACAGUCAUGCCUCAUUCUCUGUUCCUUGGCUCAGGACUCGUCCAGCCUCGCCUUCGAGAAUGGGACGUGGCUAACGGAACUGCCCCUGCUCCAGACAGCUCAAAGGACUCCGAAGAAGAGUACUUUGCCUAUAAGCCAACAAUCGGGGCCAUUAAGUACUGUCUAAAGUACUCCAUCAUCGAGCUGGUAACCACUCUGUUCACCCUGGCUCUGUUUGUCAACUCGGCUAUCCUCAUUGUGAGUGGAGCCACUCUGUACGGAAACAGUGAUGCUUCCACAGCCGAUCUGUACGGAAUCCACUCACUUCUCAGACAGUACAUUUCCAAGGGCGCAGGCACCAUUUUCAUGUUGGCUCUCCUUUUGUCUGGUCAGUCAGCAGGCAUCGUGUGCACCAUUGCUGGCCAAAUGGUGUCUGAGGGCUUUCUGAGAUGGACAAUUCGACCUUGGCUAAGACGAAUAAUCACUAGAUCCAUCGCGGUCGUUCCCUGUGUGGUUGUAGCUGCUGCUGUCGGCAAGGAGGGUCUCAAUUCAGCCCUCAACUACUCCCAGGUGGCUCUGACCCUGCUGCUCCCAUUCCUCACCUUCCCUCUCAUCUACUUUACAAACUCCAAAAAGCUCAUGAAGGUCGCCAGAGAUCCCAGUGUGACAGCCGACGACGCUUCCGAGACCACAGUUCUAGCCCAAUGGCUCGACUACUCCAACCACUGGGUGUUGGCCAUUGUGUGCUGGGCUCUUUGGCUCUUCAUUGCCAUUCUCAACGUCUACCUGAUUGUCCAGCUGGGUAUGGGUAAUUACUAG